AUGGGCAAAGGGUGCGGUUCAGAGAAGAAGAAGAAGAAAAACCGAGAUUUAGAUGAGCUGAAGAAGGAGGUGGCCUUGCCCAAUGUGGUGCAGGCUUUUGUUUCUACACCAGGGGAAAUGACAAUGGAUGACCACAAAAUCUCAGCUGAUGACCUGAGCAAGCGGUACGGACUGGACCUUGCCAAGGGCCUUACCAAUGCAAAGGCGGCUGAGGUCCUGGCCAGGGAUGGUCCCAACGCGCUGACACCUCCGCCCACCACACCCGAGUGGGUGAAGUUCUGCCGGCAGCUGUUUGGCGGUUUCUCCAUCCUGUUGUGGAUCGGCGCUGUCCUUUGUUUCCUGGCCUACAGCAUCCAGGUGGCUACUGAGGAUGAGCCGGUCAAUGACAACCUGUACCUUGGCGUGGUUUUGGCCGCCGUGGUCAUCAUUACGGGCUGUUUCUCUUACUACCAAGAGGCCAAGAGCUCACGGAUCAUGGACUCCUUCAAAAAGAUGGUUCCUCAGCAAGCCAUGGUGAUCCGUGAGGGGGAAAAGAUGCAGAUUGACGCUGAGUGUGUGGUGCAAGGAGAUCUGGUGGAGAUCAAAGGCGGGGAUCGCAUCCCGGCCGACCUGCGAGUGAUCUCAGCCAGCGGCUGUAAGGUGGACAACUCAUCUCUGACCGGCGAGUCUGAGCCCCAGACUCGUUCUCCCGACUUCACACACGACAACCCCCUGGAGACCCGCAACAUCUGCUUCUUCUCAACUAACUGCGUGGAGGGCACGGCACGCGGCGUGGUAAUCGCUACGGGGGACCGCACGGUGAUGGGCCGCAUCGCUACUCUGGCGUCGGAGCUUGAGGUGCGACGCACGCCCAUCAACAUCGAGAUUGAACACUUCAUCCACAUCAUCACGGGGGUCGCAGUCUUUUUGGGAGUCAGCUUCUUUGUGCUCUCCUUCAUCCUGGGCUACACCUGGCUGGAAGCGGUCAUCUUCCUCAUCGGCAUUAUCGUGGCCAACGUGCCCGAAGGCCUCCUGGCCACCGUGACUGUGUGCCUGACCCUGACGGCCAAGCGCAUGGCCAAGAAGAACUGCUUGGUGAAAAACCUGGAGGCCGUGGAGACUCUAGGCUCGACCUCUACCAUCUGUUCGGACAAGACGGGCACGUUGACGCAGAACCGCAUGACCGUCGCCCACAUGUGGUUCGACAACCAGAUCCACGAGGCCGAUACCACCGAGGACCAGAGCGGGUCAGGUUUUGACAAGAGUUCCUCGACGUGGGCUGCGUUGUCCCGUGUGGCCGCCUUGUGCAACCGGGCCGAUUUCAGAGCAGGACAGGAGCAAGUCGCCAUUUUGAAGCGGGAAACGGCGGGUGAUGCAUCCGAGUCAGCACUGCUUAAGUGCAUCGAGCUGUGUUGUGGCAAUGUUCGAAAGAUGAGAGGACUCAACCCCAAAGUGGCUGAAAUCCCCUUCAAUUCCACUAAUAAGUACCAGCUCUCCAUCCAUAAAGCAGAGGACAAUCCUUCCGGUCAUAUUCUGGUCAUGAAGGGAGCGCCGGAGAGAAUCCUGGACAGGUGCAGCACCAUCAUGAUGCAUGGCCAGGAGCAAAACAUAGAUGAAAAUUGGAGAGACGCCUUCCAGAACGCCUACAUGGAGCUGGGCGGGCUGGGAGAACGAGUGCUCGGCUUCUGCCAGCUCAACUUGCCGCCAUCUCAGUUCCCCAGAGGGUUUGCCUUCGACUGCGACGACAUCAACUUCCCCACCGAGCAGCUGUGCUUCCUGGGCCUCAUCUCCAUGAUUGAUCCGCCGCGCGCCGCCGUGCCCGACGCCGUGGGUAAAUGCCGCUCGGCUGGCAUCAAGGUGAUCAUGGUCACUGGUGACCACCCAAUCACAGCCAAGGCCAUCGCCAAGGGGGUGGGCAUCAUCUCCGAGGGCAACGAGACAGUGGAGGACAUUGCUGAGCGCCUCAAUAUACCGCUCAGCCAAGUUAACCCCAGGGACGCAAAGGCCUGCGUGAUCCAUGGUUCGGACCUAAAGCAUAUGAGCUCUGAGUACCUGGACGACCUGCUGAAGAACCACACAGAGAUUGUCUUCGCUCGCACUUCACCGCAGCAAAAGCUUAUCAUUGUAGAGGGUUGCCAGAGACAGGGGGCCAUCGUGGCUGUGACGGGCGACGGCGUCAACGACUCGCCGGCCUUGAAGAAGGCUGACAUCGGCGUCGCCAUGGGGAUCGCCGGCUCCGACGUGUCCAAGCAGGCAGCCGACAUGAUCCUGUUGGAUGACAACUUUGCCUCUAUUGUCACCGGUGUGGAGGAAGGGCGGCUCAUUUUCGACAACUUGAAGAAGUCAAUCGCAUACACGCUGACCAGCAACAUCCCAGAGAUCUCGCCAUUUCUGCUCUUCAUCAUCGCCAGCGUUCCCCUUCCGCUGGGAACGGUCACCAUCCUCUGCAUCGACUUGGGCACGGACAUGGUGCCUGCCAUCUCAUUGGCCUAUGAGAUGGCGGAGAGUGACAUCAUGAAGCGCCAGCCUAGAAAUCCCAAAACGGACAAGCUGGUCAACGAGCGACUCAUCAGUAUGGCCUACGGGCAGAUAGGUAUGAUCCAAGCUAUUGCUGGCUUUUUCACCUACUUUGUCAUCUUGUCGGAAAACGGCUUCUUGCCCAUGACACUGCUUGGCAUCCGCACCGACUGGGAGGACCGCAUGGUCAACGACAUGGAGGACUCUUAUGGGCAGCAGUGGACAUAUGAGCAGCGGAAAAUCGUGGAGUUCACGUGCCACACUGCUUUCUUCACCAGCAUUGUGGUUGUCCAGUGGGCUGACCUUAUCAUCUGCAAGACCAGGAGAAACUCUCUCUUCCAGCAGGGCAUGACGAACAGGAUCCUGAUAUUUGGCCUGUUUAUUGAGACAGCCUUGGCCGCAUUCCUCUCCUACUGCCCUGGAACGGAUGUGGCACUGCGCAUGUACCCUCUCAAGAUCGGCUGGUGGUUCUGCGCCUUCCCAUACAGUCUUCUCAUCUUCGUCUAUGAUGAAGUUCGUAAAUUAAUUCUGCGAAGGAACCCUGGAGGCUGGGUGGAGCAGGAGACGUACUAUUAA